GUUAUCAGACCUACCUGUGGAAGCAACACACCAGGGUGCCAUUCCCAACUCCCAUUCUCUGUUUCUGGGGAUACUUUAGACGCUGCACUGGAAAACAUGUUGUUUUGGCACAAUCAGCCAGAGCCCUACCACCAGCAUUCAACUGCAAGUUAUAUUCGAGAUGCUUUGGCGCCUUUCCUGAAACACGAGGAGGAACGGCACGCAACAGAAAAUGGCGCCAAAUGGUCUCCUUUCCAAUAUGUUCUCUGUGCAGCCACCUCGCCCGCUGUAAAACAGCAAGAAGAAACUCUGACUUAUCUAAACCAAGGUCAGUCCUACGAAAUCCGUAUGCUUAACAGAAAACUAGUGGAGUAUACAGAUAUAAGCAGCAAAUAUGUUAAGAGCAUUGUGCGUGUGGUGUUUCAUGACCGGCGCCUGCAGUACACAGAACAUCAGCAGCUGGAGGGUUGGAGAUGGAACAGGCCUGGGGACAGAAUCCUGGAUGUAGAUACCCCCCUCUCUGUGGGUGUCGUGGAGCCUCGUGCUCACCCACUGCAGCUCAACACUAUAGAGUUCCUCUGGGAUCCCGUCAAGAACGCAUCCGUCUUCAUCCAGGUCAACUGCAUUAGCACUGAGUUCACCCCUAGGAAGCAUGGUGGAGAGAAGGGAGUUCCCUUCCGUAUCCAGAUAGACACCUUCACUCAGAACGAACAUGGAGAGUACCUGGAACAUAUGCACUCCUCCAGCUGUCAGGUCAAGGUCUUCAAGCCAAAAGGAGCUGAUCGUAAACUGAAGACUGAUAGGGAAAAGAUUGAUAAAAAGUCCCAUCAAGACAGGGAGAAAUACCAAUCCUCUCAUGAAACCACCAUGCUUACCGAGUGUUCCCCCUGGCCUGAUGCCCCAAAUCUCGGUAGCACUAAUGACACUCCUUCCCCAGUCUACCACAGCUCCCCCACCUCAUGUAGCUUUACUGAUGGCAACAGCUCUCCAAUCCAGCAGGGGGAGCUGAUUCUGUCCGGCUGCUCUUCUGAUCACCUUGUGCCAUCGUCCUCACCGCAGGACACGCAGCUGUGGCUUCAGCUUCACAGGUUCUCGCCUUACUGUAGGCUCUUCUCCAGGUUCUCAGGUGCUGACCUGUUGAAGAUGAGCAGAGAGGACCUGAUCCAAAUCUGUGGUCCGUCAGAUGGCAUCCGGCUGUUCAACACCAUCAAAGGAAGGUGUAUACAGCCCCGCCUCACCAUCUAUGUGUGUCAACAACAAGCCAGGAAUCAACCACAGACAAAGCCCGGGGGGGGAGAGGUGUACCAUGCUCUAUAUCUGGAGGACCUGACACUGGGGGACCUCUCAGAGAAGAUAGCUCUCCUUUACAGUGUAACUCCCCAGCAGAUCAGCCACAUCUACAGACAAGGACCCACAGGGAUACACAUACUGGUCUCUGAUGAGAUGGUGCAGAACUUCACAGAGGAAACAAGCUUUGUUGUCAACACUCUGAAAGGUCAUAUUUCCCUCACUAACCUCUUAAAUGCACAGAACCUCAUGUAAAUAUGCAAUUUGUAUACUUAUUUAAUGUUUUAACAGAGCUAAUAGUUGUCCUAUGUUAAUCUUCUAAUUUCAGAUGAAAAUAAUGAUGGCUACCAUGUUGUGUUGAAGUGACUGGAGGACAGGUCUGGAGUGGAUAGUUUAGAUCCCUGUGUCUGGAACGUAUAGGGCUUGUUGUGGAGUAUUGAAACUUUGUAACAUUAAAUAGUGCAAUUGUAUAUAUUGUUCAUAGCUUAUUCUAUAUAUCAUGUUCCUGUCCAGGCAUUGCAAUAACUCUGAAAAUGUCCUUGAGACAGCUUUUUAGUUAACUUUUUUAAAUGUAUUUUUUUAUUAAGUUAUUGGUUAAUUUUGAUGAGAUGUGUAAUUCGUUUAUAAAGCAUGGUUCAUUACUCCUGCAAAAUGGACAUGUUUAAAAAAUAAUAAUUAAAAAGUAAAUAUCAUAAAAAUCUAUUUAAAAUCACUCUUUAAGUUGUUGAAAUGUAUCAUAAAGUGUUGUUCAAAGAAAUCCAAAAUAUACUACAUUAUUGGCAUUCCUUUGUUACGAUCUAUAGUUGUUGAUUUGUUUGAUGUUACAUAUUAGAAGGCAAACGUUACUUUCUGCGGUAUCAGUACAUAUUGUUUCAUAAAGAGUGAGGACCAACUGUUUUCUAGGGGUCACAUUCAAGUAUUCAUUCUGAAACUUACUUUGAUUUCAUCUUCAAAUGAUAUCUUUCUUAUCCACAUGGUUUAUGUUUAUUCAAUAGUGUUUAGCAAUACAACAGUGUUUCAAAAGUGAUGUAAAGUAUUAACUCUGUUUGCUUCGGGACACAAUUGCUUUACCCAUUUUAAACAUUUGAAUUAAAAUAAUCUAGACAAAUUUUUCAACCCCCAGUACUUACAGACAAGGCAAAUGAACAAAUCAUACAGCUGUAAUAGCUAAGGAUUCUAUCCUGCUUCUGUUAUUUAUCUCCCAUUUAAUGUACCAUUUUAUGUACAGCAUAUCAGUUGUUCCACAUACCUGUCCUGAAAUUGAAAUAGCUUGAUAUUGUCCAAUAUGUUAAGUAUUACUGCUAAUGCUUGAAUUUUAAUGAAAAAAACUUGACUGCCAUGACUGUGAUGAUGUGAUUUCACUCAACAUAAAGAAUUUUGCACUGCUCUGUA